AUGUCCAAGAAAGAAGACAAUCCCCCCGUUGUACCAGAAGUGGAUGACGAUGAGCCGGAUGACUGGGACAAGCGGAUCUUCAGCACCGGCUGCGCAGCUGAGAAUAUGAAAAUGAAUGACUGCUACUAUGAAAAGAAGGAUUGGCGAAUUUGCAAGAAAGAGAUGGAGGCAUUUCGCGAAUGUUGGAAGCGCCAGGGCAAUGACCAGCGAACGGCGACAAAAGACGUUUGA